AUGGGGAUCCGUAGGGAGACUACUUUGGAGGAAGCUGUCUGUAAUCAAAGGAGAAGGAAAAGACACAGGCGGCUUAUAUUAAACGACAUUGAAAAGGAGAUGGACUUUGUUAAGGGAAAGCUAAGAUCUGGAACGGAUGAUGUGGAUUUGUGGAGAUGGAAGACGAGUUACAAAACCAACUUCUCAACCACUGAGACAUGGCAGCAGACGCGAGAAGUAGGGUCGCUCUGCACCUGGGGGAAGAGUAUCUGGUUCUCUCAGGCCUCACCAAAGUUUGCCUUCAUGACUUGGAUUGCAAUGCGUGGCAGCUUGUUAAAGGGAUUUUGUGCAGAUCAUAUACGGAUAAGUGGAACAUCAUUGUCGAAUUGA